GGUUGUGUGUUGUUAUAUUUCUUUGUGUCUAGCAGGUGUGGGUGGUAAUUAAUUUAAUUAUAUUACUUAACAAAUCAAAACUGUGCUAGAGCGUCAUGGCAACGGUUCGCAUACCCAAGCAAAAGGUCAUACUUUGCGGUGACUAUGGUGUGGGCAAGAGCUCCUUGUUCCGACGCUUCACAAACAACACAUUUGUCACCGAAACAGACCGCAAAUCGACGCUGGGCCUGGAUCAUAUUGACCGCGAGUACAAUGUAGGCGAGAAACAAAUUAAGCUGCAACUGUGGGACACUGGCGGCAUGGAACGUGUGGCAUCUGUGACUUCGUCCUACUACAAAUUUGCAGAGGGUGCUAUUCUGGUAUUUGCCUUGGACAAUGCCGCAUCAUUUCAUUCGCUGUCGCAGCACCUGCUGGACAUUGUAACGUAUGCAGAGAAUGCUAAAAUCUUUAUAUGCGGCAAUAAGAGCGACCUCGAAGGCCGUGAGCCGGAAGUUAGCGAUGAGGAAGUCGAAGCAUUUUGUGAGCAGUGCCAUACGCUGAUAAGCGCUACCUACAAGACAUCCUGUCGCACGGGCAAGGGCAUCGAGGAAAUGUUUCAGGACAUCUCACGUCAGUUGGUGCAGGCCAAUCGAUCCAAAAUGGAGCUACAGGCACUCGAACAGCAGAGUUUUCAAAUAGACAAGACCAACGAGGCAGAGAUUAACGAGGAGCCCUCCUCAUGCAGCUGCUAGCAGUUGGGAAACAUUGAGUUUGGCUAAUUCGUUGGCGCUCUCAGCUGAACUCAAUGGAACGCAGCAAUGCAUUUGUCUAAUUUCCCUAAUUUAUUGAUACAAACACUUGUAUAACUUAUGAAUUUUCGAUUAUUUUAUUAUUUGUAAAUAUUCACUUCGAAUUUAAUGCUAAAACGUCCGAAUAUGUUAUAGUUAAUUUGAUAUAGUUAAUAUGUAUGCGCCCAGUCGCGAAAACCAACGAACAACGUUUUAUUUAAAUACAUUAACACUCAUAUGUAUGAAUAGGACAUAAGUCAUAGUUAAUUAAGCUUUGUAGAUGUGUAGGGCUUGUGCUAGCCGUUAGAGUUUAGCGUUUCUUCAAUAUACAUAUAAAUUAACUCGCGAUUGAAAUUAAUGAAACUAAUAAUAAAUAAACAAACAAUUAUCUCAACAAGGAA